GUUUAAUUGCUUCUUCUCCUUGCAUAGGUCCCAAAGGAUGCGAGUAAUUGAACGCAACUGCAGCUGAAGAUCCAACAACUGUGUGAGUUAGGUUAUAGCCAUACGCAUACCAUCAUCAGAUCUCUUUCUGGCUCUGCACGGCCCGAAUGAGAGAUGCGUGGUCCCCGCUCCUCAGCUACGCCCACCUCAGCGGCCUCCUCGCCCGCUGCGGCCGCGCCGGGGACCUCCGCCUCGGCGCCGCGCUCCACGCCAUCGUCGCCAAGAACCCCGCCCACUUCCACCUCUGCCCUAGCCGCGCCGACCUCCGGUACGUGCUCGGCGCAUGGAACUCCCUCGUCGCCAUGUACGCGCGCUGCGGCCGCCGCGGGGACGCCGCCAGGGUGUUCGACGAAAUGCGCGUCCGGGACUCCGUGUCCUGGAACUCGCUCCUCGCCGCCUCCUCCAACUCCGCCUCGGAAGCGCUCGCUCUGCUCAGGCGGAUGCUGCGUGCGGCCCCGGGCGCCGGUGCGUGCGACCACGCCACUCUCACCACCGUCCUAUCUGCGUGCGCGCGCGCCGACGGGGGCGCGGGCGCUGCGUCGCUUGCAGCUGUGCAUGGGCUGGCGGUGUCUUCCGGGCUCCACGCGGGGGUGUCCGUCGGGAACGCGCUAGUGACCGCCUACUUCGAGUGCGGCUUCCCUGCCUUGGCGGAGCGGGUGUUUGGCGCGAUGGCGGAGAGGAACGUCAUCACGUGGACGGCGAUGGUCUCCGGGAUGGCCCGGGCGGAGAGCUACAGGGAGAGUCUCUCUCUGUUCCGGCAGAUGAGGCUUGCGGUGGACGCCAACAGUGCUACAUACUCAAGCUCCCUGCUGGCUUGUGCUGGAUCUCUUGCAGCCAGAGAAGGGCAGCAGAUUCAUGGGCUUGUCGUCAAGGCAGGGUUUGAGACUGACCUUCAUGUCGAGAGUGGGCUCAUGGGCGUGUACUCCAAAUGCGGGUUGAUGGAGGAUGCCCUGAGGGUGUUCCGCUCUUGUCAGGACCCUGAUGAAGUUUUCUUGACUGUGAUUCUUGGUGGAUAUGCUCAAAAUGGACCGGAGGAGAAGGCAUUCAAAUUGUUUGUUGAGAUGGUUGGCGCGGGAGUUGUCAUUGAUGCAAACAUGGUUUCUUCAGUUCUGGGGGCCUUUGGUGCUUCUGCACCAUUUGCUCUUGGGAAGCAGAUCCACGCACUGAUCAUCAAGAAAUGCUUCGAAGGGAACACCUAUGUGUGCAAUGGUCUGAUAAAUAUGUAUUCCAAAUGCGGUGAACUACAGGAGUCUAUCAAGGUGUUUGGUGGAAUGCCAAGUAAGAAUACAAUUUCAUGGAACUCUAUCAUUGCAGCCUUUUCCCGGCAUGGCCAUGGUUCCGAGGUUUUUUGGUUGUUUGAGUCCAUGAAAGUGGAUGGUGCCAAGCCCACUGAUGUCACAUUCUUAUCGCUGCUCCAUGGAUGCAGCCAUGUUGGAUCAGCCAAGAAGGGCCUCGAGGUACUGAAUUCCAUGUCAUCACAAUACAGAAUUCAUCCAAGGGUGGAACAUUAUGCUUGUGUUGUUGACAUGCUUGGCCGAGCCGGUCUGCUAUACGAUGCGAAAGCAUUCAUAGAAGAUGGACCCUUCAAGGACAACACUCUUCUUUGGCAGGCCUUAAUGGGAGCUUGUAGCUUCCACAAGAACUCAGAGGUUGGGAAAUAUGCCGCAGAGAAGUUGCUUCUCUUUGACCCUGACUGCACUGCUGCUUAUGUCUUGUUAUCAAACAUCUACUCAUCUGAGGGCAGAUGGGAUGACAGAGCCAGAAUCAUGAAGAGGAUGAGAGAAAUGGGCUUGAGGAAGGAUACUGGCCAGAGCUGGAUUGAGCUCCACAAGGAGGUCCGAUCUUUUGUUGCCAGGAAAACGUCUCACCAUGAUUCUGCUGGUGUUAAUAAUGUGCUGCAGCGUUUAUCUGCAGCCUCCAGCGAUCAUGAUGAUCUGGUAGAGAGCAAUGCUUCAUGAAAUGUGUGCAUUUCAGUCCCAGUUCCUUGUGUGCAUAUCUGAUUUGCCAUGGGCAUCAUACAUGAUUGUCAGUACUUCAUGGAUUGUUUACUCACAUCUGACCUGAAAUUUGUACAAAAUACAUUCUGUUUUGCUUCACUAUUGGGUGUUUCAGUCCAUGUUUGAUAACUAAGUGAACUAAGUGAUAUAACAAUUCAGGAUUUCAGGUAGGAGUGCUCUCUCCUGUUGCAAUUUAAAAGGUGGCAUUAAGGACCUGUGAGAAACUAGACCAAAAGGAAUAUCACCCCUUAU